UCCAAUUAACUUCAAUAAUGUAGCAUUUGCCAGAAGUUAGUUUUGGCACUGCAAGCCUGGAUAUCUUUUUACUUCCUUGAAACACUUUGUGUAAGAAAUGACUAAUAAUUUGUGAAACAGUUGCCUCGCAAACUGGAUCAUGGAGAAGCAGCUGGACCCCAUGAAGGAUGACUUGCCUCUAAUGGCCAACACUAGCCACAUGCUUGUAAAACACUAUACGUUAGACUUGGAUGUAGACAUAGAAAGUCAGAGUAUUGAGGGCACCAUCGUUUUCUUCCUUGAGACGGGGAGCAGGUACAGGAACAGCAGCAGCGCUGACGAGGGCGGCUGCCAUUCACGGCCUGAUGAAACCUGCAAAAUGGGGGCACCUGAGCCCUGCCACGUCCCCGUGACAGGUCCAAGUGCCUGCUCAUCUGAAGCAGAAGAUAAUGAUUGUGCCGCCUCUGACAGAGGUGAAAAAGAUACUUCUGAUAAAAAUGGUAACCAUAGCAACGGGGAACAGGCUUCUGGGAUUCCUGGUCUGAAGAGCUGCUGUGACACGGAGGAUCCUGGGAGCACCGGGUUUUUGCUGGUGCUGGACUGCUGUGAUUUAUCCGUGCUAAAGGUUGAAGAGGUCGAUGUUGCUGUGGUGGCUGAUGCUGAAAAAUUUACGGGGUCUGCCAAAGUAAGAGAUGCUUCUGAAGAGCUGGGAGAUCUCCAGAAUCGGAUCGUGCAUGAACUUGUGACUUUACCUGCGCAUCGGUGGCAGGAACAGCUGUGCUGCUACCGGCGCUGCAGCCACGCACCUGCGUGUGGAGAGCUUCCCUUUGCCACUGGCCCCUGGAGCCUGGAGAUAAGGAAGCCAGGGAUUCAUGCUCCAAAAGACUUUCCUCAUGCCAUAAGAGUACGAUACAGAACCAAACCAGAGGGACGAUCUGUUACGUGGACUACAGACCAGAGUGGCAGGCCAUGUGUUUAUACGAUGGGAUCACCGAUAAACAACAGAGCCCUUUUCCCAUGCCAAGAGCCACCCAUUGCGUUGUCAACAUGGCAAGCUACUGUCCGAACAGAUGCACAGUUUGUUGUACUGAUGAGCGGUGAAAACUCAGCAGAACCUGUUCCAGUUCAAGAAGGUGUCUUGAGCUGGUAUUACUACGUGACUAUGCCGAUGCCUGCAUCUACCUUCACUAUUGCCAUUGGAUGCUGGCAGGAAUUUAAACAGCAGCCAUUCACCACUAAUGUUUGGACAAACAGUGACUUUUCUUUGCCAUUUUCCAAAGCUGAUUAUAGGUGGCAUGAAGAACGCUGUGGCCAUGUGGAGUAUCCCUGCCGUUUCCAAAAUCCUGACAUGAGGUUGCAGUCAGUCAUUCCUUAUAGAGUCUUUGCUCCCUGGUGCCUUAUGGAAAGCUGCAAGGAUCUUGCACUCUGGCUACUUCCCCAGUGCCUCUCCGCUGCCUACACCACCCUGGGGACCCAUCCCUUCUCCAGGCUUGAUGUUUUGAUAGUCCCUUCCAACUUUUCCAGUCUGGGAAUGGCUAGCCCCCAUAUCAUCUUCCUGUCGCAGAGCGUGUUACCUGGAGGGCGACAUCUCUGCGGAGCGCGUCUGUGUCACGAAAUUGCUCAUGCCUGGUUUGGACUGGCUAUUGGUGCUCGAGACUGGACCGAGGAGUGGAUAAGUGAAGGGUUUGCCACUUACUUAGAAGAUGUAUUUUGGGCCAGGGCUCAACAGCUGUCACAUGAUGAGGCAGAAGCACAGCAGGAAUUGAAAGCUUUGCUCCGCUGGCGGCGACUCAGGGAUGAGGUGCAGAACUCUGAAGAAGAACUACAAGUUUUACGGCCCAACAGAGAGAACACUGGAGAAGUGAGCGAGUCGGGAGCAUCUGUUGUCAAGCAUGGUCUUAAAGCAGAAAAAAUCUUCAUGCAGGUUCACUAUUUGAAGGGUUACUUCCUUUUGCGGUUUCUGGCAAGGACAAUAGGAGAGGCUUCAUACCUUGCUUUGUUAAGAAAAUUUGUCCAUAAGUUCCAUGGGCAGCUUGUCCUAUCUCAGGAUUUUCUCUGCAUGUUGUUGGAGGACAUCCCUGAACAAAAAGGGUCUGGCCUAACUAUCGAAAGUAUCUUCCAAAAUUGGCUUGACACUUCUGGAAUACCAAAGCCGUUGCUGGAGGAGGGCGAGACUUGGAAGGAGUGUCAGCUCGUCCAGCAAGUGAGCGGCGAGGUGACAAAAUGGAUUCAAACAAACCAGAAGAUCAGAAAAAGGAGCAAAAAGAAGAUAAAGCAAGAUGAAGUCAUCUUCCAGAAGCUUCUCCCGGACCAGCUGGUUUUGCUUCUGGAGUCUCUUUUGGAAGAGAAAACAUUGUGCGCUAGGACACUGCAGUGCUUAGAGAAAACAUAUAAGCUCCGUGAACAGGAUGCAGAGGUUCGGCAUCGGUGGUGUGAACUUGUUGUUAAACACAAAUACGUGCAUGGAUAUGGAGAUGUUGAGAAGUUCCUCAGAGAAGAUCAGGCGAUGGGUGUGUACCUCUACGGAGAGCUGAUGGUGAAUGAAGAUGCAAAACAACAAGAACUUGCCCAUAAAUGCUUUGCUGCAGCACGAGAGCACAUGGAUGUGUCCUCAGCCAAAGUGGUGGCAGAGAUGUUGUUCUGAAGAGGUGAUUUUUUUUUUUUUAAUUAAAGGUGCUUGUUUUACCUCAUGCAGAAAGAAUACGGUAGCACACUGAACACAGCAAGCUUUGCUGUCCCAUAGAGUCUGUGGGUGCUUAGCUCAAGCAAUUACUCCUACUACAUUCCUUGCUUGUUUUCAAACUAGCUGCUGGAGCAGGAGGCAGCUGCCUGCAGAGUAAGCACCCCAGCACCAAGGGCCUUUGCCCCAAGCUCUCUGAGGGCUGCGAGUGGCAGCGGCUGGGCCAGGCUGCAGUGCAGUUGCCCUCCACUCUGCUUUCCUUUUGCUGUUUGCAGAGCUCCUUAAAAUGGCAUGUGUGAGAAGCAGUCUGUUUGUUUAAUAAAAUUGCAUGUUGACUUGCCAAGCAGUGCAGUCUUUGAAAAGAAUCUGCACCCAUAAAGGAAUUAUGAAAUUGUGCAUAUGAAAGCAAAUCCUAAUUUGCUAAUUCAAACAAAUCUGCAUUGUCAGGUCUCUAACAAAUGAAAUUGAGGUAAGAGGAGUAGCCCUGACAUGAAAAAGCUGCUUCAUGUUCUUCAUACUCCAUUUAGCUUGCUUCUGAAAUUAAAGAGUAGAGAAAAAGCAAAAUAACAGGAAAUAUUCACCAGCUAAAGAUUGAUACAGGCUAUGAAGUGGUCCUUUGCAGAGAUAUUCUCCAUUUUGCCCUCUAUUUGGGUAGCCUCAGGUAACCUUACAGUGUUUGUACAUGCCGGUUUAACAAACAGCCGAUUAGGAUUGGUAUUAAGAUCUUUUUCAAUACAACAUACCUCAGAUUUUUGACUAACCAUGUAACUCAUCUGACAGGCUCAAUGACUUGGUUGUUCACAUAACUUUACAGUUGAUUUUUAGUAUCAAACUCCAGACAUCUAAUUUAGCAAAAACAUCAUUUUUUGAUUGUUUCUGAACAGGAAGCUUAAUUCUGUCCCCCAUUCAAGCCUGUACACGUGGCCAGAACUUGAUACUCCGUCCCAUUUGAAUUUGUGACA